AACGGAGAAAACAGUUUCCAGAUCCGCCAAAAUUAUUGAAUAGGUUCCAUCCAUCCAUCUGUAUGGAACCUUAUCGCAUGCGACACCAAAAAUACAAUCAAUCGUAAGUCGCAGUCGACCUACAAACCACAAAACGGCACUGCGAUCAGGAUGGUAGUGAAGAUUCGUCUUGCGCGUUUCGGGCGCAAGAACUCUCCUUUCUACAAUAUUGUAGUCGCCCAUGCGAGAACGGCACGAAAUAGCAAGCCACUCGAGGUCAUCGGCACAUACGACCCGAUCCCGAAGCCUGACCCAUAUGACGACUCGGGAAAUUUGCACAAAGACAUCAAGCUGGACACACUAAGAGCUAAGUAUUGGAUCGGUGUUGGUGCGCAGCCCACAGAUACUGUUUGGAGACUAUUAUCAAUGGUCGGUAUCAUGGAACCAAAAUAUCGAAAUACCGAACCACGGACUCCGCCCCCCAUGCCGCGUGAGAUCCAAGGCGAUUCAAAACCCCAAGAUCCGACAAAUUAAGAAUUUCUAUAUGCUCGUAUAGAAAGCGCAUCGCGCCUCGUAACCUCAGUAUGGGGCAGUAAUAUCAAGAAGAGAGAGCAUAUAAGGUCGACUUGCACGAUUUUAUCCUCUUUUUAUAACAAAGCCAGGCCCUUAGACCUGGAAUAUGCCCACUAAAACGGUAGCUCAACCUAGCAUGUAUAUAUUAGAAAGCAGGAGGGCUUACUCUUCGAUGUGUAUGUCUUCGAAGAUUGUAUGACUACCAUCUCAGGUACAAUGCCCGCCGAGGCAUCUGAGCCAUCUAGAUGACAAAACAACGAAAAGAAAUGAACCAAAUACUGCACUCGCUGGUCUACUUUUAAAUGCGUUGCCAAGUGCGAUAAAAUACCAAUAAAUAUCAUAUCUGUUGACUCAUCUACUAAGUCAACAAGUUCGAAAUUAAACAUUGAC